AUGAGAAAUACGGUGGCUAGCAAGUGCUACAAAGCGACAUUCAAGUUCAAUUUGAGGAGAACAUUGAGGAACCUCAAAAAUUUGGAUGAAGAAUCGAUGGAAAAACUCAAUCGAAUGUGCAUCAAAGUCGGACCGGCGAUGUUCUUUUCGACGUUUUGGAAUCUCGUCAUCGAAUCGCCGUUCAUUCGAUUCGCCGCGUUGAACUUCGUGAAAACGAAAUUCGAAAUCGAACAGCCAUUCGAUGAUCAGUUUCAGCAAAAUGCCGAUUUGAUGGUGUCGGCGUUGUGCGAAAUUGUCGAGCAGUCCGUUUCAGUCGACAUUCACAAGUGUUUGCUUCAGAUGUUGUGCAACUGUUUUCCGCUGAAAACCGCCCAUCUCAGCGACGCCCAAUUUAGUAAACUAAUCAGUCGAUGUCUGUUCAUCGUUUUCCACAACGACACACCAUUCAAUAGUCAGCUAUUCCAAUGGCUGAUGAACUGUUGCCUAGAUGAGACGUUGGAUAUUUUGUUUUUCGAAACGCGUACCCUGCCGCUUUUGAUUGGCGCGUUCAAGGAGCAUCUGCAAUUAGAUCCACCGCUCACCAGCACCCUGCUCAACGGCACCAAUAUGCGAUUCCCCGAAGUUCGCAUUUGCCAACUUCUCAUUUUUAUGCAAUACGACAAGAAGGUGCUUCAAUUGUUGUUCGACGCCACAUUUCCGAUGCUGUUGCAAAAAAUCGGCGACCUUCAAAUUCUGGCCGACAUUUCGAGGUGCAAGAAGUAUCGAGCGCAAUCGCGGCAAAGGUUUCGAUCGGCGCUGUUCCUGUUGAUGAACUCGAUAAAGCCUGAAAUAAUUCUCAAUUAUUUGAAUAAAAUCGCCGACGAAUUGAUCGAGCAUCCCGAUUUGGAGAAAAUCAAUCAUUUCGCCAAGAUCGUUUGGAUGAUCAUGCGGAGCUCGAACAUCACUCACAGCACGAGCCUCGAACUGCCGCGAUUCUUGAGCAUUGUUCUGCGGAUUCUGAGCACACGCAAAUCGUUGGCCGAAUGUCUUCAGCAUGGAUUGCUCUCGUUGUUUUCGGUUUGCCAACAAGUCACUCACAAAAUAUUCAUGGUUCCGAGACGCAUUUACAUCAACGGCGAUCGAUUCUAUGGCUGCCGACAACAGUGCGCCGAUUCAUUGACAUUCACGUGCGAUCAGUGGGUGGCGGAUGGCACAAUUGCUAGCAAGGUGCUUCUAAUGGAUGCCAUCAAACUGCUCGACAAUACUCGCUCAUUGACCAUCAAUCUUCCGGCAGUUGAAUCGGAAAAAGUGACCGAAUUCAUGUCGCCGUUGGUCCGAAGUAUUCUCAAGGCGAUCAAUCCUCAUCAAUUUCUGAUUGACGUGAAGGCGUGCAGUUGCGAAGACAUCGGAAUGCGAAUCUCGCUCGUCGUGAUUCUCAGCCUCAUGUAUCGGCAAUCGAUCAACGAGCAUCGCGACAAUCGAUUUCGGCACGCGCGAGCCACUCGCAAAUAUCCGCUGCUCACACUGCACGAUCUCGUCUAUCUCGACCUAUCGCGUCUAUUCGAGAAGUGCGUUCAAAUCGGAUGGACGGGUCUCGAAGUCGGCUAUGGGGUGAUGUACGAGGAGAAGUUCGCGAGAAUGUUGUUGUUCGUCCAUUCGCGCAGAAUGUUGGAUCGGAACAGCGAUUUGGAGAUGUGGAUUGUCGGGAAGCUGUGCACUGGCGAACGGGAACAAGUCGCUCAGGUCAAGACGAUCAUCACAAAGAUCAAAGCGUUGACGAAUCAUGAUGUCAAAGAACGUUGGAAACCAUUGUACGGCAUCAAUUGUUUCCUUUUCGAUUUCUCAUUUUCCGAUGAGGAAGAAGUGGAAGAAGAAGCUGGUGUAAUUUUAUAA